AUGCCCGAGUCUGUCCUCGAAGCUGAUCUCGUCGAGAGGGUGAAGAGCUUCGCGAAGCGUUAUCCGAACAGCAGGACAGCCCAGGCUUGCAAGGCUGUGGAGGGAUGCACCCCCGACGCUAUCGCAGAAGCCAUCCGCUCGACAUGUCAGCAGGCACGACGUGAGCUUCUACAAGAAGCGAUGACUGGAUGGAGUGACGCAUCCAGAGAGUGGUUCAUGAAGCAGAUUGAAGAAGCCAAGAAGGAGAAGGUCGAGACAUACACCGCCUCAGCAGGCAACGAGGUGACUUCCUUCAUCUCCAUGACUCUCCUGGGCAUCUCCUCGGUGUAUGUCAACCAUGAAGAGAAGCUGAAGAAGAAAUUCGAAGAGAUCGGACUGAUCGUAGACUCAGUGCAAGAGAGUAAAGCAAUCAUGUGGAAGGCUCCGUAUAGACCCGAGAUAGCGAGAGCUGAUGAGAUCCCGGUGACUGUUUCCUUCCUCCGCAAUGCACAAGCGGAGAAGCUCUGGCAGGGAAGAGAGGACUUCGCGAUCGAUGGUCGCAAGUUCACAGCUGUACAUGUGAGCAUCGUGCACGAUCGAUCUUUCAAGAUUCGAGCCAAGAGAGGACCCUGGGGCAAAGGGGGCAGCUUGGCAGAGCUGACCCACCUGCUAACCUUGGGCGGCAUGACAACGGCUGAGAUAGCUGCCGUCUAUCCUUAUCAGCUGCUGCGCCCGGCCAGUCCCUUGCAGCGGUCCAACUCCAGCCGCUGGCAGGCAUGCUGGUCGCUGGGGCCGCCAGGACAGCAAGUCCACAAAGGCUUAGGUCAGAAAGGCUUCGUCGCUGUAGGGGCCAACGUCAUCUGGAGACAGAGGGAGGUGGAGUGGAUCGUCUCCUCGAGCUGCCCAGAGGCGAAUGAUACAGCAUUUCGAGCUUUCCGAGAGAGCGAAGCGAUGGAGGGAGUACACCUGACUCUGUUCAGCGAGGACCCGAAGAUCAGAGAGGCGCUCGCAGUCGAGUUGACAGCUGAUCGCUUUGUGUCCAGAAAUAAGUUGAAGAAGGCAUCAAGGAUGCAGAAGAAGGUAGGCGGCAAGGACGGCAAGGAGAUCAAGAUCAUCAUCAAGCUCGAGAUCAAAGUUGAAGGCAUCGACAUGGAGGAGGAUUUGAACACCAAGUCCUGGAAUGGGUCCAAGCUAUGCAUCCUCCUCGGCUCCACGGAGGAUGCUCGACGCAUGAUGAAGGAGCUGCCCUUCUAUCUCGAAGGCGCAGCAACCAAGCUCGAAGCAGUCGGCUUCGACAAGGAGCCUGAGGCGGCUGGUCAGCGGGGCACCAGCGACGCAGCGCAGCGACAGGAGGAGAGCGAGGGAGAGUGGCUGGAGUUUACAGACCUGGAGAGGAUCACAAUGGAGGCAGCAUCUCCGUCAAGCCAAGAGGACAUGCAGCUCGUCAGCGAGCUGUCAGCAGUCAUCGAAGAUGCAGCUUCUUUGAACGAGGCGGGGACGAGCGAGCCGAUCAAGCUGGUCCUGGACAAGGCCGUUGGCAACCUCCACGACACGUUCUACUCUCCGGGGAGCCUGGAGUUCAUGGCGCUGGGAGAGUGGGCGAAGAUGCCAGAGGAGCAGGGAGUGGGACGCAACGUUCUCAAGGAGAAGCUGGGGAAGUGGCUGCAGAGCAAGCGCUGGACUCGCGUGCAAGGAGAGAGCAAGAAGGCAAGGAGGGGCAGCGCGUUCUCGCCACGGGCAACGGCAGCUGCUGAGCUUGAGCAGGAGGCGGAGAGCGACGACAUAGAGCGUCGAUCUCUUAGCUUCCUGUUCAUAGCACUGAGUAAAUUCGCAGAGAUGCAUGUGCUGGCCUGCUCGCUGAAGGUGGACAAGAAGGACCGACUGCGGGUGGAGAUGAGGGAAGAUGACGAAGAAGAGGAAGAAAUGGAGGAAGAGCAAGGCGAGGGCGAGGAAGAAGACGGGGCGAGCCCGCACCGAGCUUGA